AUGGCCUUGUGGGUCGACCGCUACCGCCCUCGCUCGCUCGGCGACCUCGACUACCACCCAGAGCUGUCCGACCGCCUGCGCGCGCUGGCUGAGGGCGACUUUCCGCACACGCUGUUCUAUGGGCCGUCAGGAGCGGGCAAGAAGACGCGCAUCAUGGCGACGCUGAGGGAGUUGUUCGGACCCGGUGUGGAGAAGAUCCGCAUCGAGCAGCGCACCUUCCUCACCCCGUCGAAGCGGAAGCUUGAUGUCAACAUCGUCCAGAGCAACUACCACAUCGAGAUUACCCCCAGCGACGUCGGCAAUUACGACCGAUCCGUCGUUCAGGAGGUUCUCAAGGAUAUUGCGCAGACCCAGCAGGUCGACCUGAAUGCGAAGAAGCGCUUCAAAGUCGUGAUCAUCAACGAAGCCGACGGACUCAGCCGCGACGCCCAGUCUGCCUUGCGUCGCACGAUGGAGAAGUUCACGUCCAGCUUGCGGGUCAUUCUAUGCGCCAACUCGACGUCCAAGAUCAUCGGCCCCAUCAGGUCGAGGUGUUUGUUGCUGAGGGUGGGAGCGCCGUCGGAGGAACAGAUCUGCAAGGUGCUGCAAUCGGUCGCGAAGCAGGAGUCAGUCGGGGUUCCCGAUCACGUUGCAACCCUCGUCUCGCGCAUCUCGUACGGCAACCUCCGCCGCGCCAUCCUCUCCCUCGAAGCCCUCCACACGCAGGAUCCCUCCUUCAAGACCAUCAAACCCGACCACUCGCUCCUCUCGACCGGCAAGCAGGACUCGCGUGAUAUCGACGCCGUUCCGAGGCCGGACUGGGAGAAGUACGCAGCGAAGGCGGCCGAGCGGAUCCUGUCGGAGCAAUCGCCUGAGAGCUUGCUCGCGGUCCGCGGCAUGUUCUACGAGUUGCUCGUGCACUGCAUCCCUGCGCCUCUCGUCCUCGCAACCAUCACACGACGCCUGCUCGACCGCGUCGACGAGGACCUGAAGGCGGACGUCGCGUACUGGAGCGCGUUCUACGACCACCGCCUGCGGCAGGGCAGCAAGCACAUCUUCCAUCUCGAGGCUUUCGCCGCUAAGAUCAUGACGAUUCACAAGCAGCACUCCCUCGGCUUCACCGAGUGA